CUACCGAAGACGAGACCGAGAGCUGAGUGAGGCAGGGUUGUGUGCUGGGGGUACCUACAUUAGGCCCAGUCAUACUCCAAUGCCCGGCUAAGCAUCAGUUGUGUGGGACGGUCGCGGACUGCAGUUUGCCAAUCGCUGUGUCAAUACCGUCCUCCAAUGCAGUCAGAACUCGUCUCGAUAUGAAGCUGUAGACGGCGUUCCGUGAACUGGCGUGUGGGUAUAGCAACAGUAGCGCCUGCAGUGGUGCAGAGGACCUCCCUCCUCCGACACGUGGGCUGAAGAGUUGAGAUCAGCUGAUCAGCUAUGUCUGUGCUUGAGUUAUUCAAAGGGACAGUAAUAGGGCUUGCGUUGGGAGUGUGAGUUUAGUCUGUACUGCAUCGGACUACUUAUGGGUGGAGAAAGGAUUUUUUUAACUGGUUGAAAUCCAGCUAUGACGUCAACGUGACUUAUUCCCGUACCCGAGAUCAUUUGGAGUGGUUCAACGGAACGCCUUUUGUGUUGAGGAAUUCCAUGCGUUGUGUGUAGGUAAAAGAGGAAUGAUUCAUGUAAGCAGUCUCUCACCUGGCGGGGCGGUAAACACGAGCUGGAUUGAACUUUAUGUCGUGGAAUAGCCAACACCGUCUGUGAUCGUCUGUGAUGGUGUCUACCCCAUGUAGGGGGGCACAUAAACAUAUGUAAGUCACGGUGGUAGUAUAAACCUGUCUCUUGACAGUCUGUGGCAAACACUACGUAUGUGUUUUAUUUAAUCUGGAAUCUAUGUUCACAAAGUACUGUCUAUGCUUGUUCGAUUAUAUCACAGCUUAUCUUAACGUGAUUGAAUUACUGGCAUAUCUGGCAUAGUUGCUGGUGAUUCUUAUCUGUGAUUUGUGAAUUAAUUAUUAACCCUUGAAGACUGAACAGACCUAAAUGAAGGCUGUAACGGAGGUUGUAUAACGUGAGGGCUUUGAAAGUCGCACAGGGAGACGGACCCAGGAGGCAGGUGAUAAUCUGAGUCCGGGGUUGUGUAUUGAUGAACCGGACCCGAACAAGACACUGCCUAACGCAUGCCAAGGCGACUAGCGUUUUUAAAGUAUGACAUGUUUUGUGUUCCUGUAACAACGGAUGUUCACGACAAUGAUUUGAUUGUCCCUCAGCUCUCCACGUCUGGAUAAUACGCGUAAUUAUGAGAGUUGGUGUUACGGAGGGGAAGAGUUUUACAGAGUUAUUUGAGCGUUUCAACCUACAAUAGAUGACGUUUCAUUCGGGAACUUGUAAUCACGUUUUUAAAGUAAUUGGUCACAGGACGUGAGUGUAUGAACACACACGCACAUAUGAACCAGAACCCAGUGAGGGCGUCAUGACAAGUAUGACCAAAGACCAAGCCAAGGAUCUUAUCCCCCGGGCUGGUGCCCCACCCGGACAGGUGCCCGUCAUGAGGAGGAGCCGGUCCCUCAGUGAGCUCCCUGGGAGCGUGAGGGUACCCAUCAUCAGACGGACGGACAAUGAGAGGAUGAGGGCGAGGUUGGAAGCCAGUGCUCAGGGGCUGGAGGAGUUGAAGCUGUUGCGUGAGCAGCAGCAGAAGCAGAUGGAGGAGGUUCGGACGACGGCGUUGCAGAGGAAACCAUCAUCGUCGUCGUCAACGUCGUCUCAGAACGGACGCUUCUCCCAGAGCCAACCACAGCUCAACCAGAGAAGAAUGUCAGCUGCCUCCUUACGGCUGUCUUCAACGUGUCUGGCCAGAAUCAAUGAAGAAGGUGACGACGGCGGUGGAGGAGGUUUCACCAAUGGAAAACUACAAGACUGCACGAACCUGGGAGGUUCUACAGUUGGACAUCGAAGACAUUCGAGUUUCAGUCUUGAAGCAUGUCGGAAUAGACGUCCUCUGAACACGACAGACACUGAUGUUUUUGAACACGAACUUUCCACCGAGUCUGACAGACUCCGAAAGGCUCGGUCAUGGGGUUCGUUGGUGUCUGGUUCUGCCUUCAGAUCUGUGAGUUCAGAAAGUUUAAAUGAAAGAAACAAUGACAUAUCUGCGAAUCAGCUUUCAAACAUACCGAAUACUAGGAAAAACCAGAGAAGUUCUUCUUUUUCUGCCAUUACUGGGAACAGUUAUAACCAGCAUUUUGCCAGGCAAAAUCCAAUCAGCGAGGAUCCGAUGGUAAAUAAUGAAAACAUUGAACCCAAGUUACGUCGAGCUAGCAUUCAGUGUGAAGCUGUCUUGACAGGAGGCGGCAAUAAGAAGAACCAAGGUAUAUUCAAAGAUGUUGACUUAGCAAACGUCUCACAAGACAUGCCUAGUCCACUCCAUGCAGUUUUGCAUGGUUUCAAAGCUUCACAGCCCCAGAAUAAAACCAAUAAGGCUGAGAAGCAAGUCCAAAAUGGGGUACAGAAUGAAGCUACAAAUUUGGGAUUACAGAGUGUGAAGAUAUCCAAUUCUUCAAAUGUUAUUCAAAGGAGGAAUUCUUUCAAUAUUGAAACAAGCCCGUCUCCUAGAGGAAACGGACACUAUUAUAAUGGUCACUCUAGGACAUUAAGUGAAGCUGACAUACAUGUUUCUAGACUUUCAAAGGGAUACAGUGUACCGAACAAUAUCCAUGAUCUCAGUAGGGAUGCACCUAAAGUGAACAACUACUUUACUAAACGUUCUCCUGGCAGUUCUAUCUCGUUACAGAAUAUGAAGAAUGAGAAGCACCAUGUGUCUGAAAUGUCCGAGAGGCGACAUGGCCAAAGGACGUAUUCUGAUGGCAAUCUGACUCUCGACCCAAGAUAUAACACUUUCCAGAAUGUGAGACGGGUUGAACCCCGAACGUACACGAACAAUCAAAGACAGCAAAAUGGCAUCAAAAGUGAUAGAAAGAAAUCCGAUGACAAUGUGUUUGUUGAUGACAGAAUGUCGUCAUCACGUUCCUCAUCCACAAAUGGAAAAACUAUAAACAAGGACUCUAAGGUAGCUGAAACAAAAUCAAAGGUGAAUCCAACAAAAUCAGUUAAGAAUAAAGACGAUGAUAAAGAACAAGGGAAAAAGGAAGAACCCAAAAAAGGUGAUCAGUCAUGCGCGAACACGCCAAGGUCAGACACUGAAUAUGAACAGCACCAAACACCUUCUCUCCAGAUUCCUUAUCAUGAGAAAAAGUUCAGCAUAGCUUCUGAUGAGGGGUACGUGACCUCCCCUCCAAGCACACCGUGUGGACGUCAUGCCCAUAGUAUCGUCUCCGACAGCAGCUGGAUCUCAACCGACUUCGACGACACUGCGUCAAGUUGUGAACCAAGCCCUGUUCAUGGACCAGUGAAGGUGAUACCUGCAUUUCUUAAACGAAAUGACAUCUCUUACGACUAUUCCAAAGCUAAACAUUCCCGCCGAUCAUCUGGCUAUGAAAGUACAUCAGAAUGUGACAGGGUUCAGGAGCAGGAAUGUGAUACACAAAAAAGGGAGGAGGGGGCAAAACAAGAAUUGUUCAAGCCUGAUAGUUGUGCUUCUUUGCCUUUCCGUCAAACCGAAGUAUGACUCUUGUCUCAUGGUUAACAAUUUAUUUUGUAUUUGUUCUGUUUUCGUUUCGAUGUCUGUAGUCACAAAAGGACAAUUCAAAUAUAGUUACCUUUGAACAUUUAAGGCCUGACAAGAGACGAUGGAUUCUUUUUUCAAAGAUUAAAUGUUAUGUGUAUCUUGAUGGAUCCACGGUACAGUGAUAUUGGACCAGUUUGGAUCUGUUCAUAUGUACAAUACAUGUUACACUAGCGCAUUUCCUCAACAGUUCUAGACCUAUGGCAAAUUAGAUGUGAGACAUAAUAAGAAUAUCAUGUCUUGUGGAGAACAUUGUGUUUUGGUCUCGCUUAACUUGGAAUUUAAGCCGCGAGAAGGUUUUGAGUUUCACCAAGCAUUUCGGUUUUACAUGAAUCUUUGAUUACAAAUGCCAUGACAGUUCCUCAGAAACAGGAAUAUUUAUAACAUGCUUUUAAUCUUUGUAUCUAGGAAUGUGAUUAUCGUAUGAGUGAAAGUGAAUACGUUAAACUGUCAUGCUUUCAAUAUUAUCAUCUCAGUUUUGUUCUUAGGUAACUUCAGUGUCACCUUUGAUUAAGGACAGCAGUUGGAAACUGUUUCUAAAACAUACACCAAGAUGGGAAUUGAGAAUAAGAAACAAUAUUAUGGAAGAUAUUUACUAUUCACUCACCAUUAAUUAAUACUUGUUCAACAUAUUCGUAUUCCUCAUUCAACACUAUAAAUCAAAAUAUCAUUAUUGAUCACGUUCAAAAUGUUGCAAUGAGUACAUUAAAAAUAAGACAAUCAACGUUACUUAUAUGUAUGUAUGGGCAACAGUAUCUUUUAUAAUAAUAAUUCAUCAAAUUAGAUUUAUCCUUUAUAGUGCUAAAGUUUCUUUCUCCAUGCUGCUAUUCCCUUGUGUGUGAUAUACAUCAUACUGAACUAGAUUGGACAGAUUCAGAAUAGAUAUAUUGAGUUUUGUAAGCACAUCAGUUGACGGAAUCGCAUCAUCAAAAACUAUUUCGUACUAAACCGAAUUUUAUUUUUAUGUAAUUGAAAGAACUGUUGUUAAAUUUGAUUAUGUCUAUUUAAUCAUCACCCACUCCUGCAACAGUUUGUAAAAUCUAGUCUGUUGCUGGGUAGUUUUGUGUAAAAUAAUAUUGGUCAAUGAAGACUGGGGUAAGAAAUGAAUUUGCAACCACAUGAUCCCUACCAUGUUUGAAAUGUAAAUGAAAAAAAGCAGAUUUUAUGAAUUUCAAAGAUUAGGUGUCAAAGAUACCCAUCACCAGUUGUGCAUUAUGCGAUUUUUCUUUAAGUUUUCAAAGUUUUAAAUCAAAAUAUAUAUUAUAAAAUCUAACCAUGUAGAAGUAUUCUUCGAGUACUCACCAAGCGCCAGUACAGUCCAUUUUUCGGAUAUGAUAUUGCUAACUAGAUAUUUUUGAUUGAAAUUAAAAGAUAAGAUGAAAUCAACUGGUGGAUAUAGUUUAUUUUGCUCAUCAGUGUAGUUGCCAUGAUCUACAGUACUGGUAUCUUCUCGUGUCUACAGAUGGCUGCAUGAAACAGAUAUUGGUAAUCAUGAUAUGAUGAUGUAAACGUGUACAUGCAUUUAUGAUUGACAUACACUCCAAUUCACAAACAAUGAUUUAUUGCCAAACAACAGCAAGUUCUUGUAACGUUUACGUGUAAGAGAUUGCCUGUUGCGAAGUAUUAUUUGAAAGUGAUUCAUAAACACAUGCUAUAGUCGGAAUCGUACUAUCGACUUUGCUUUUGGCAGAGAUAUGAAUUUGGAAAGGGUUUUGUCGCUUUUAUUUACUUUUAUCGAUAUCUCUGCCCCGCUAUCACAUUUACCUUGAAGGGUUCGUCUGAAUUUACAUGCUCCUUCUUUAUAACAUUUCAUGUUUAGGGUAAUCAGCACUCUAUUUAUGAUAGACACUAGAGCUACUUCGUUACUUGUUAUGCAUAGGAUCACAUCAUGUUUGUAUGCUGAUGAUAAAAGUAAUCACAAAUCCUGUUCAUUUCGAUUUACUUAGGUGUACAUUCCGAUGAUUCAUACUAGAAGUACAGUUAUGUUAUGUCAUACUCAAGCGAUGAAAUAUGAUUGAUUGGUGUAUGUAAAUAUCAUUUAAAAUGACAAAUGAUACUCAUCAACGAAUGUACCAGUCAUGAAGGCAUAUCCCAAUGUGGAUGAUUUUAAUGCAUUCAUGUCUGGUGCAAAAUGCUUGAAGGGGUCCGGUGAAACCAAUACUGAAUUUAAAUUUGUAAGGUGUUUUGAAGAUGUUUUAAAAAUAUGUUUUAUCUUGAUGCAGGCAUGUCAAUGAUUCAUUGCCAGAUUUCUGUUAAAAGGCCCAUCUCAUCAGUCAAAAUACUGACAACUAAAAGAAACGCAACGAAUAUGCUAGUUAUACGCUCGAAAACCUUUUGAUCUAUUAUUGUAAAUUGAAGAGAAAGAAUAUAAAUACUCCUGAAGAAUCAGGUAUGCCACAUGCGCACGUCGUGGCCCAUUAACUAUCAAUUCUAUAGUGAUGGAAAAAUAUAUGCAUGUCUUUUUCUUAAAUAUUCGUCAACUUGACAUUUUGAGAGAAAAAAAUCUCUCAUCUUAAUCUUUUACUUCGGAAUAUUUAAUCGUCUAUUUUAUGGGAAAAUCGAGCAGGGAACCUUGUGUAUGUUUCCGAAUUGAAGGCUACUUGAAUGUUGCGUUUCUUCUAAUGGUCAAUAUAGCUGUUGGAUUUCAGCACGCAGCAGGGUGUGUUGUAUGUGCUUUUUGUAGGUUAACGAAUGUAUGCGAAACAACUGUUAGCAUAGCAUAGGUUAGGCAAGUCAGUGCUGAAAUCACAUAGUGAGUGCUGUAGACAAACUAUAUUGUGGAUGGAUUCCAAUGGGUGAAAUCAGAGUUUAUGUUGCCAAUCUACACCCGUUGUUAAUAAGAUAGUCUGGUUCGGGGAUUGUACAACUCGAUUAAAUCCGUGCCUGAAUAUACCACUUUAAAUAUGGCGUAGACUGACUGAAAGUGGUACACUCAGCAAUCUGAAAAAUUAAAUGUAAACUGUAAUUCUUAACCUAUAUCAACGAUUUCAGCAUGACGAAUGUUUUCUUUUAACUGCAAAACUUACAUGUAUGUACGUAUAGUCAACACCCAAUAUAACGAAGGGAACAGCAAAAUCAUUUCGUUAAAUGAACAUAAACAGAAACCUUAUUUCCCACUUUUAUUGGAUUACAAGAUUUGAACCUAAUACUUUCUCUCCCAACCUUCGUUAUGACCGGAAAUGACCGCACAAGCAAAUGUACAUCAUGUACACUAGACGAGACCUAGUCUCUGACCAAAACAUAUUUGUAUUAGUACAAAAGUACAAAAUUGUGAGACGUUUGCCUCGGAUUAUUUUAAAUGAAAAUUAAUACAGACUGAUCAUGUCUUCUUGUACAUAUGAACUUGUCUUCACAUAUGUAAAUUUGAGAACAUAUAUUAACAUCUGAGAUCUUUAAUGUUGCAUGACGCCUAUAGCGCAUACGGCGUAUCUACUUUUAGGGCUUGUAUGGUGCUGUACUUUAAUGCUUUCCUCUCCCGAGGGGAUACAGGUGCACUUGGUCACAUGAUGAACUGUGCGCAACGUGAUAUGUGUUUGCCUGUGAUAAGACUGUCUGAAAUUAUAUAUGCUUGCGGCUAGGAUCAGUGUGUCACGUUAUUGGUGAAUAAAACCUAUAUUUAUAAAUU